AGGCGAGUGGAAGCAAGGGGGUGGGCGUUGCCUUCGCUUUCUCUUCCCGGCCGGGAGCCCGGGGGGAUAUUGGAGCCAUCGGCGCGGAGGGGAAGCCUGGGGGUCCGGCUGGUGGCGCGCUCGUGCGGGCGGCUCAGUGACUGCGGCUCCUCGAGCUCAGAUGAAAGCAUCGAGGCCCGGAGCCCGAGUGAUUCCCCCCAGAGUCAUCAGCCGGAUACUCCAACCUGUAUCAUUUUUUUCUAACAGACUCUCCUGAGGACCCCAAGAACCCCCCCUUGGUGACCCUGGCUCCGACUUUGGGCCAGGGGUUGGAGUUUGCUUUUGAAAAGGUUACUCCGGAGGAAGGAGCUGCCUGCCCUUUGUUCUCUCUGCCUUGAGGUGAUGAAUGUUGUGCCAAGGGGUUUAAAAAAAUCUGGUUCUCCUGAAGGGGAAUAGUCCCAUCCAAUCUAAUUUCAUAAUGUCUAGCACUGUGACCUGUUGGAUUUUCACUUCAGUCAGAAACAGCAUUACCACCUUCCAAGGAAAAAGACAUUUGUAUUCAAGAUGUGUCCAAAACAGGAAUAAGUUGAAAUGGAAGCUUUUUUCUAAAGGGCUAUUUAAAUCCACAGCAGUAGAUUGUGGACCGCACAAUAAUGGCUUUUUUCUACAAAGAGCUUUCAGGCACACUUCCACUGAAGAAGACGACUUUCAUUUGCAUCUCACACCUGCCCAGAUAAGUGAAAUCUUGAGAGCUGGCGAAUCAUCCCAUAAAGUUCUCGAAUAUGAGGGCAAACUUCCUAAUCCAGUGUUAAGAUUCGAAAGUAACCAGUUGGCUGCCAACUCUCCAGUGGAAGACCGUCGAAGUGUAGCGUCUUGCCUUCAGACAAAAGGAAUGAUGUUUGGUGUCUUUGAUGGGCAUGGGGGUCACGCGUGUGCCCAGGCAGUAAGUGAAAGGCUUUUCUAUUAUGUGGCAGUAUCCUUGAUGUCUCAUCAAACCCUGGAGAUGAUGGAGGAUGCCAUGGAGUACAUGAAACCUCUCCUGCCUAUCCUGCAGUGGUACAAGCACCCAGGUGACAGUAUUUACAAGGAAGUUACUUCUGUGCACUUUGACCACCUCCGCGUCUAUUGGCAAGAGCUGCUUGACUUGCACAUGGAAAUGGGGCUCAGUAUAAAGGAAGCUUUAGCAUAUUCCUUCCAGAGACUGGAUUCUGACAUCUCUUUGGAAAUUCAGGCUCCCUUGGAGGAUGAGAUGUUGAGAAAUCUCUCCCUACAGGUUGCGUUUUCUGGUGCAACAGCAUGUAUGGCUCACGUUGAUGGGGUUCACUUGCAUGUGGCAAAUGCUGGGGACUGUCGAGCUAUACUUGGGGUUCAGGAGGAAAAUGGGUCAUGGUCUUGUCUGCCCCUUACCCGAGACCAUAAUGCUUGGAACAAAGCUGAACUUUUGAGGCUAAAGAAGGAACACCCAGCAUCUGAGGAGAGAACUAUCAUUGUGGACGACAGGCUCUUGGGUGUUCUCAUGCCUUCGAGGGCGUUCGGUGACGUCCAGUUGAAAUGGAGUAAAGAAUUGCAGCAGAGUGUUCUUCAGAGAGGUUUCGAUAUUGAGGCUUUGAAUAUUUAUCGCUUUACCCCUCCUAACUACUACACUCCACCUUAUUUGACUGCAGAACCAGAAGUCACCUACCACAAAUUGAGACGUCAGGAUAAGUUCCUUGUUCUAGCUUCUGAUGGAUUGUGGGACUUGCUGGGUAAUGAGGAUGUGGUUAGGCUUGUUGUGGAGCACCUUGAAGAGGCUAGUAGGCAGAAACCUGAACUGGCCGAGAAACCGGCUAAUUUGGGCCUCAUGCAAAGCCUGUUGCUCCGAAGAAAAGCAAAAGGCAUCCAUGCCCCCGACCAAAAUGUAGCUACUCAUCUUAUAAGGCACGCCAUUGGCUGCAACGAGUAUGGGGAGAUGGACCAAGAGAGGCUUGCUGCUAUGCUGGCAUUGCCUGAUGAUUUAGCACGAAUGUAUAGGGAUGAUAUCACCGUUACAGUGGUUUAUUUUAAUUCGGACUCGAUUGACAUGUUUUAUAAGGGGAGUGAAUAAGUUUCUGUCUUCCCCCCUCCCCAUGUUGUGAAGUUGAUUUAAAUGUUGGUAUAUAAUUUUUUUUUAUUUGUUUAAGCUGUCAUAUUUGAACUUAACUGUUAAAAAUGGGAAGCGAUGUACAAAAAUGUCUGCUGAAAAUAUUUAACUUCAUAGAUUAGGCUAAAAUUGAACAUAUUGAACAUAUAAGUUAAAGAUAGUGGUUUCAGUUGUGUAUCUCUGUUUCCAUAAGCACAAAAGAAACCCAAUUUGUGGUCAGAACAUAGCCUAGUGUAAUAAAUAGGUGUCUUGUUGUUUUUUAAAGAGUAUUUGAAUUGAGAUAAUUCGAUCCUGAAUAAUGUUUGGAGCUUGAGUUUUGUAAAAAAAAAAAAGCUUGAUUCUUUGGUCACAUAGAAUAAAAUAUGCUAGUCAUUUUUCUCUACAUUCCUAGGUUACUGUUGAACUCUUGAUCAGGUAUUUUAAAAUUUAUAAGUCAUAGUUUGUUUAAAGAUGAAGUAUAACAGGACCAUCUUAGGUUAUAGUGAUAGACUUGUGAACUUGAUAAUUCUCAGUCAUGAUUCACUGUUAUAGACUUAAUGGGUUGUAUUACUGAUGCAUGGUUUACAAAGCAUAUUAUAGCACCCUUGUUCUAGUCGGUAUUGUAAUAUUUAUAUGAUUGUCCUUGUGAAUACAUUUUGUAAUGACAAAUAAGCACAUGUCACUACUUAUUUUUUAGGCCCUAGAAAAUUGGGUAUAGAAACUUGCAAAUAGAUCUCUGCAUGUAUGCCUUAAAAUAUAAAGGGACACGUAGUCCCACUUUUGCUAAGGGCUUCACGUCAAAGGCUCUUUAAAUACCUUUAAUUAUUUGUAGAACCUUUUCCGUACCCUGCCCUGAUUCUUCUCCAAGAGUAGAUAGUAGAGUAAUUAUCCAAGUGAAUUCUGACAUGAUCAUCGGAUAUAUAUCUCCUAGUUUCUGGCAGAGACUUAAGUAGGCAUAAUUUCCCCUGUCUUGGCCUCUCAAAAUCCAUCUACCUUAAUACUUCUUGAUGAAGUAGUCUUUCCCUGCUUUCAACUAUCAGGGUUAUUCUGCUUACCUCUAGUACUUUGAACAAGCCUUCUAUUUGCUAUUGCUGACAACAUAAAGGGGAAAUGAUGUGGAGGGGAAAAUUCCACAUUUUUGCUUUCUUCCUGAAUAACAGUUGAAGGAGGAAAUUGAGAGUGUUUGGUAGGUGUGACUUGCUUUUCAGUUUUAUGGGGAGGAGCAGGUUUUCUUAUGAGUGUAAGAUUUGAAUCUAGAAGUGAAAAAUCAAACAGUGUGCAAUUAGAAGCAGUGUGAUGAGCGCUGGGGUUGAGGUGUGGAGAUGGCCUACUUUCAACUCUGCCUCUGAUGCUUUUUAACUGUGUGACUUUGAACAAGUUAUUCGACCUCUGGGUGCCACCUUUGGAAACUACUGAGUCUUAGAAGGUCCAGUUCAUGGAAGGAAUUCCUACACUGGGAGUCCCCCCCCCCCCCCCAUUAAGGAAAUCAUAGCUCCUUCACCUAUUCAAAUGAAUGGAAUGGAAGAAGCUACUAUUCAUCUCUAAAUCCCUAGAGAAUCCUAUGCUAUCAGAACUGGAAGGACCUGCAUACAGGAUUUGUUUCAGCCCUUUCAUUUUACAAAUAAGUAACCUGAGUUAGAGCCAGGAAGUGACUUGCCUAAAGUCUGAUAACAAGUUAGUAGCUGAGCUGGACCUGGGACCCAAAUCAGGAGAGUAGCUCUGGGGGCUGAGGUCUGGGCUGUGGACAAAAUAGCCCACCUAGUCUGCUUGCUGGGAGGUGGUCUUCAUCUCUCUGCUGGUUCUUAAGACUAGGCCAAGUUCAAAAACAGCCACUGUCUCAAGAGACACGGUCUAGUGUUGAGAGUAAUAAUUAGAGCUCUAAUUAAAAGGCAGUUUUUAAUUGGUGUUUGAAAUGUAGCUGGAUAUGCAUUAAAUUUUGCCUGUAAGGCCUACUCAUGUUCAUGAAAAACCUUGACUCUCUGUGGGGUGGUUUGACUUUUUUCAUUCCUUGUUAGGUUUUUCCUUUUUCUGUCCCCUUCUUUCUAGCAAGGGAUGUUUGGUGCUGAGAAUGCACCCACUGAAUGGCAACAAGGGCAGUGUCCUCAGAAACACCUACCCUCUUUAAGUAACUAGAGGGACCGAAGAAGGAAUGUGAAUGAGCUAUGAGACAAACUUGAACAAAGAUUUUGAGAAACCAGAGGCUUAAGAAGCUAACAUUUUGUGGUGUUCCCUCCACACUCCCCUCACUCCAGGGAGACAAAUGCCCUAAAAGUUAACUAUCGGAGUUCUCUGUCUUGUUAAGCUCCCCAUCCCCUUUGGGCCUCUGUCAUUGUGGCUUGGCACUGACUUUUCCUGUAUGAUGGUAUUUAUCAGAUUAUUGCAUCCCUUGACCACUGAUACUGUAGGGAGGAGCGUUAAGGGUUUGGACAAUUUUUGUUCUAUUCCCUUUUCCAACUAUCAUGAUGCAGGACUGUUCACAAUUAUGUGGCCCAUUUUAGUGAUAACAUGGCUUUGGUGCUGUAAGUUACCCAGUAAGACUUAAGUUGGCAUCUAAUACAUUUAUCCAAAAUAAUUAGUAACUGAUUUUGGGCCCUAGAUUUUUUUCACCUAGGCAAAUAAAUGUGAUCCCCGAUGCCUACGAUAGCCUUAAAUGUCAACUAGUGUGGCUUGCCUUAAUUUACUUUGCUCCCGUUGUUGUUUGAGUCAAGGAUUUGUAUUUCUGGGAAUAGUGGUGCUGCUUCUGACUUCUCUGCUUUGACAAGAAAAUAAAUAGGAAUAAUCGUCCUGUUAACAGUUGAGUCUGCUGCUAGUACCCAUACUUCUUGUAACCACCCUUUUUCCUUUUGGCUUGCUAAAAAUCAGCAUAUUUGUGGGGGGAGGGGGAAGGAGGGUAUUUAAAAAAAUGAUAAUAAGUUUUAGAGAUUGAGCCAUAUUUGACUUGAACCUAGCACUUGGGGUUUAUAUAUUCAACAAGCAAUUUAUUGAAUAAUGUGAUGUGGGUCUGUAUCUGUAAGAAUCUAGACAACUGCAAUGGUGCACUUUGCAGGCCGGGUAGCUGGAGGUCCCUUCUUCCUGUUUCUUAGAGGUUUUCUCUCAUUGGGUACAUUUUCUCAUGUUGCAAAUCUUGCAUCUGGAAGGAUCAACCAAAAGAGGAUCACAGGGAUGACUGUGAAUGUUAUAGCCAACCUGCCAAAUGUCUCUAUAUGUCAAGCAAGAGAUCUGUUUGCUCUAGAACAGUGGUACCUUUGGGUUAAAAGAAUUGAAUCAUGUCUGUUAGAAAACUUCAGCCUGAUUGAACCAUGCUCUCAGCUAGCUGAUUUACCUUCUCUAGCAUGUAUUUGUGUUGGAACUGUUAUGGGAUGGGAGGUUAUCAAUAAAGCUCUUACCUAGGAGAGAAAUUAAAAUGUCUAAAACAUA